CAGAGGCCCCACACCCACCAAGACAUGGGGCUCCCUGGGCUGCUCUGCUUGGCCAUGCUGGCUGCCAGCAGCUUCUCCAAGGUGCAGGAGGAAGAAAUCACCCCUGUGGUAUCCAUUGCCUACAAAGUCCUGGAAGUUUUCCCCAAAGGGCACCGGGUACUCAUAACCUGCCAUGCACCCCAGGCACCACCGCCCAUCAGCUAUUCCCUCUGUGGAACCAAGAACAUCAAGGUGGCCAAGAAGUUGGUGAAGACCCACGAGCCGGCCUCCUUCAACCUCAACAUCACACUCAAGUCCAGUCCAGACCUGCUCACCUACUUCUGCCGGGCGGCCUCCACCUCAGGUGCCCAUGUGGACAGUGCCAGGCUGCAGAUGUACUGGGAGCUGUGGUCCAAGCCAGUGUCUGAGCUGCGGGCCAACUUCACUCUGCGGGACAGAGGGUCAGGCCCCAGGGUGGAGAUGUCCUGCCAGGCGUUCUCGGGCAGCCCACCCAUCACCUACAGCCUGGUCGGGAAGGACAGGCAGGUCCACCUGCAGCAGAGACCACGCCACGGGCAGCCCGCCAACUUCUCCUUCCUGCCGAGCCAGACAUCGGACUGGUUCCAGUGCCAGGCUGCAAACAACGUCAAUGUCCAGCACAGCGCCCUCACACUGGUGCCCCCAGGUCGUGACCAGAAGAUGGAGGACUGGCAGGGUUCCCUGGAGAGCCCCAUCCUUGCCUUGCCGCCCUACAGGAGCACCCACCGUCUGAGUGAAGAGGAGUUUGGGGGGUUCAGGAUAGGGAAUGGGGAGGUCAGAGGACACAAAGCAACAGCCAUGUAGAAUGAACCGUUCAGAGACCCAAGCACAACAGAGGACUGCAGGCCAUCAGCGUGCACUGUUCGUGCUUGGAGUUCAUGCAAAAUGAGUGUGUUUUAGCUGCCCUUGCCACAAAAACAAAAGCAAAAAUGGGUAACUAUGAGAGAUGGUGGAUAUGUUAACUUGCUUCACUAUAGGAACCUUUGUGCUAUCUGUAUGAAUCCCAUCAUAUCAGGUUGUCUACCUUAAAUAUACACAAAAAUGUUUAUUUUAAAAAAAAGAAAAAAGCCUGCCAGCUGGGAUUCUUGGAGCCCUGGCGGCCUUCAGCAAACGCAGACAGUGUUGGUGUGAGGGCUUCAGGAGGGUCACAGAAAGAAGGGGGUCUGUGUGGCCCUGUCCUCGCCUCUCAGGUGCUGUCACAUCUCUCUGGGCGUAGGGAGAGGGAGGGGAGCACACUGGGAAAAGGCCCAGCCCCUCCCCCCAUACCUGCUCCCCACUUCCUUGGAGGGGUACCCCACCUCCUGGUGGCCCAGUCCUCUGGUUCAACUCUCACGUGGUCCAGCUCACCUGGGUGGACUCUGAGCCCCACCUGCACACCUGCUCUUGUUAAUCCGCACCUGCAACUAGCAAAGAGGGGUCUGGAAUUCUUCCGGGCUCAGUCAGCCUGUAAUCCCACACCUCUGUCUGUACAACCUCCGCUCCCCACUCCAACACACACAGAGCCUGCCCCAGCCUUCCUUGCACUGGACCCUCAGUACCUGUUUUUCUUGGGAUGGAGGUAGAGAGGGACGGAGGCGAGAGGGGGCUGAACUGGAAAUGGAUUAAAGUUUGCCCUCGGCCUGUCGCCCUGAAAAA